AUUCAUUUAAUAACAACCACUUGAAUGCAGGAGAAUUGGACAAAUGCUUCUAGAAGGCCCAUUAAUUAGCCAUUACCCAACGAUUCUACUCCCAUAGACAGACAGACGUGUCAACGUCUUCAACAACAGCUACCACUUCUCUCUCUCUCUCAUCGCCCUCCAGUCUACGAUCAGCGGGCAAAGUCUCACUCCUUUCUCCUCUCUCCACACUCUUCAUUAUAAAUUUCGUGACUCUCCGCUUCCUCUUUCCUACAACCCCGUCUUCCCUUCCAUUUCUUCAAUCCUAAUCUCCCUCCCUAUCCCUACCAACCCUAGAAGAAAACUAAUAUCUUUUUCCAUAUAGAAUCGAUGUCCGGAGCCCUAACUUUUACCGUCGGCACCGUUCUCCGAAUCAGAUGUCAGCAUCGUCCGAUUCGUGCCCUGGCGCAGCACACCACCACAAGGACAAGAACGGUAGAUGCGGUCAACCUGUACCAGAUACUGCGUGUCAAGGAAACCGCAUCGCCGGUUGAGAUCAAGGCCGCGUACCGUAGGUUAGCAAAGCGGUAUCACCCGGACGUGAUGUCGGGAUUCGACGACGACGACGACGAGGGAAGGGGUUUUAUGGAGAUUCAAAACGCCUACGCCACGUUGUCGGAUCCCAUGACUAGGGCUUGCUACGAUCUCACAAUAACGAAAGGACGACGGUAUAAGGCCGCCUGUGUUUUGGGUAGUGGGCGUGGGCGGACCAUGUCCACCACAAGAAGGUGGGAAACCGAUCAGUGCUGGUAGGUACUUUCACUUGUACCCCUGGCCCUGGACCAAGCCACGUGAGCUCACGUGGUCGUGUAUGCUUGCAUAUCCCUAGUCCCUACAUUUUAUUGUACAAAUAUAUUACUAUUAACAGUCUUGCCAACCACACUUGGAAAAUUGACAAAUUUUUGUACAAGAUUAACAUUAGUCCUACCUCAAAUAAGGGAAAAUUCUCAAUCA